UUGUAGAUGGAUGGAUUAGCUCUCUUAGCAUCAAGUUUGCAAUUUUGGCUGAAAGAAAAUGUUAAUUGUCCACAUUGUUUUGUUUCAACACAUUUUCAUUCUCUUUUAAAUAUUGUAAACUCUUCAGAACAGCUUUGUUAUCAGACAAUGGAUACAUUGCUUGAAGAUGGAAACUUGAUAUUUUUGUAUCAACUAAAAGAUGGUAAAACAGAUGGAAGCUAUGCACAUCAUGUGGCUACAUUAGCUGGAAUUCCUUCUAAAUUAGUGGACAGAGGAAAAGAAAUUGCCAAUAUGUUAAAAAAUAAUAAAGAAAUUAUUCCCAUAAAAAAUAUUGCAAGUGAGAAAAAAUUAGAACAAUAUGUAACUAUUUAUCAAGAAUUCUUAACUUUUGAUUUUGAAAAUGAAAAUUCUGACAGUUUUCUUCAAAAUAUCAUGAAGAGAAUUAUGGAAGAAUAAAUUUUGCAGAGGAGAAUAUUGGAACUGUGAAUUUAAGAAGUAUUUAAACAUUUUCUAAUGUAUUUAAAUAAAAUUUGAAUGAUGAUUACGCUAAUAGGAACAUUCAUUGUACUUUUAUUAAA